AUGGACAAUACAAAUAAACAGAAAAAAGAUGAAGGCACAAAAAAAAGAAGGAAAUUAGUCAAAUCAUGUUUGUUUUGUAGAAAAAGAAAAUUGAAAUGUAAUAAGGCCAAACCAAUGUGUCAACAAUGUUCAGCUCGUAAAUUUCCAACUUGUGUUUAUCUAUCUAAUUUCAAUUUUGAUGUUGUCUCUGUAGAUGAAAUUUUUGAUCAAAAUCCAAAUGUAAAGCUUUUAAAUGAAAUAAUUGAUUUAAAAUCUCAAUUAGAUAGUCGUAUGAAUAGUCCAAAUAAUAAUAAUAAUAAUGAUAAUGACAAUAGUGAUAAUAAUAAUACUCAAAAUGAUAAUAACAAUACCAACACUCAAAGUAGCUAUACGUCUUUUAAUAUUAUAAAUUCAAAGACAAUUAAUCCACUUACAAUUUUCAAAACUUCUCUUUGGAGAGACAAUCAUUUACAAAUUUUUGGCCCAACCUCAUGGAGAACCAUACUGACUGCAGAUGGUACCAAAUUCCAACUUGAGUUCACUAAUCUUUGGGAUAAAUUGAAACCUAAAUGUACAUCAGAAUCUUUCCAGUGCCGGGAUCUCUUUCUAUCACCAUUACAAACAGAUGUUAUGCACAAGAUAGAUGGAACUGUCACUGAUAUAUCUCUAACUCAGUUAGUCUGUAAUGAUUUACCUAACUUUACGGAAAUCAAAAAAUGUCUAGAUUCGUUCUUCGAUGGUCCCUUACACGAAUUGUUACAAAUCUUGGAUCCAAAGAAAACAUGGAAGGAUCUAUAUGAGUGUUUUAUAGUUGAUCAGAAUUCGGACAGAGUCAUUAAUAUGUAUCCACCAGAUGGUAUCAAUUUCUGUAAGAUUGGAAUCAUAUUGUCUAUUAUUGUACUUUGUACAUAUGAUAAUAAUUCAUGCAUACCAGAGUCAAUUAUAAGAUAUUUCAUUCAAGUUAAUUCCAUGAGAUGUUUGGAGAUAAAUUUUACUGAAAAUGCACAGUUCUUAUUAAUGUGUUGUUUCUUUAAGAUUCAUCAUGGCGAAUACUCCCGUUGGGAUGGUUCACAAAUAUUGCAUAAGAUUUCUGAGACCUGUCAAUGCUGUAUUUCUUUAGGAUUUGAUAAUGUCAGAAAAUGGUAUAGAAAUAAAGAAUCUAUUGUUGGUGAUUUAAAAUAUUUGGAGAAUACAAUGCUUUGCACACUUUUUGUUGAUGUUUUCACAUCUUUUGAUGUUGGUAAACCAACUUUCAUUUCAAAUCAGAUGUUAUCAAUGAAUCUAUUUGAACAAAAUUUGAAAUCCCAUAGAGAUGGAUUUUUUGCGAUGCCUAGAAAUAGAUUGUUUAUAGAUUUCAUUAAAUUGGCUAGAAAACAUAUUAACAACUUAAAUUCUGUAUCCAGCAAUAAUUACAAUGGCAGUAACGAUAAUACUGAAGAAGAUAUUGAUACUUAUAUUUUAGAACUACAGACUUUUCUUACUACGAAUUUCCCCGACCUAUCCAAGUAUACAGCCUGGGGCAUUAUAUUUUCGGUGGAUCCAUUUGAAAUCAUUAUUCUUUCUAAUACGUUAUCGAUGUUAUUUAACUUCCAUAACAUUAAAAGGGCAUUUUAUAAAGACAUUUCAAUUAGUACCAAGAAUGGAAUGGUUAAAUAUGGUUUAUUGACUACUUCAUUAUGUAUCAAUACUUUAUUGUCCAUGUUUGAAGCAGAUAAAGUCGCGUACCCUGAUAUUAUUGAUGCAGGGACUCGAUUAUCACCAUAUCUAAAUCUUUCUCUAUCAUUAAUAAAUUCGGCAUUUAUUAGAGUUGUGUCGGAAUUUUACUCAGUGUUCAUGGCAAGACUAACUUUACAAGAAAAAGGGUAUGUCAUAUUAGAUAACAAAUGUGACCAUGACGACUCUUCAACUGUUUCACUUGACGAUAAUCAUAUAUCAAUGGAUAAAUACUAUUGUUUUACUUGUGUGAUGCACCAAUUUAGAAAUAUAUUGGAUCAGAUGUUUUUACCUAAAUGGGAUCAACUCUACCAAUUAAUGAAGACUUCAUACUCACUACAUUCUCUGCUUGUGUUAGAACGCAUGGCAAGACAGUUAUUAGAUCAAGGCUUAAUGUCAAGAAAACAAGCAGAAACCCACUGGCAACAGCAGGGUUUGGAUUUGAAUGAGAUCACUAGCGACUUAUUGACCACAUUUACCAAUGAAGUAUGGGAUGGAUAUGCUGCGCAUUCAAAGUCAAUUUGGUCAAUGACAUCGGAAGAGUUAUUGCAUUUUGAUGCAGACCAAUCAUCGUAG